AUGGACGACUCCGAACUCGAGCAGAUCCGCAAGGCCCGCCUCGAGCAGCUCAAGGCGCAGGGCGGGGCGGGAGGAAGCUCCGGCGGCGGCUCGAACCAGAAACAGCAGCAGCAAGAGCAGAGACAACAACAGGAGCAGGAAGCCCGUCAGCAAAUGCUCAACCAGAUCCUUCACCCCGAGGCGGCAGACCGCCUGGGCCGCAUCCGGCUCGUCAAGGAGCAGCGCGCGCAGGACGUCGAGAACCGGCUUAUCAUGCUCGCGCAGAGCGGCCAGCUGCGCAGCAAGGUCACCGAGGCCCAGCUCAAGGAGCUGCUCGCCGCCGUUGCCGACAACAAGGAGGAGGAGAAGAUCGUCGUCAGCCGGCGCAAGGGGUGGGACGACGACGACGACGACCUGCUGGACCUGUGA